GUCAGUCGUCACGUGCAGUGCGAGGUGCGUGUGCCGUUGAUGUUGGAGGAGGAGACGACCAAGACGCCGACGGCUGGAGCUGGUGCGGCCGAGCUGUUGUUGUCGCUCUCCGCGGCUCAGCCUCGGAGGCCUCGGAGUGGCUCAAGCGGGCGACGGCCACAGCAUGAGCGAUAACGAUGACAUCGAGGUGGAGAGCGACGCUGAUAAACGGGCUCACCACAAUGCACUGGAGCGCAAACGUAGGGACCACAUCAAGGACAGUUUCCACAGCCUGCGGGACUCUGUGCCAUCUCUUCAGGGAGAGAAGCAACAGGCAUCCCGGGCCCAAAUCCUAGAUAAAGCCACAGAGUACAUCCAGUACAUGCGCCGAAAAAACCACACACACCAGCAAGAUAUCGAUGACCUAAAGCGCCAGAAUGCCCUAUUGGAACAGCAAGUUCGUGCACUGGAAAAGGCAAGAUCAAGUGCUCAGCUGCAGGCCAACUAUUCCUCCUCUGACAACAGCCUGUACACCAAUGCUAAGGGCAGCACCAUCUCCGCCUUUGAUGGAGGUUCUGACUCCAGUUCAGAGUCUGAGCUGGAAGAGCCUCAGAGCCGGAAGAAGCUUCGCAUGGAGGCCAGCUAGAAGAGGUCUCCGUUCCCGCUGCGAUUAGACACUUGCUGGCUGCUUAAGGACUUUCCUUUCCUUCUUUAGUAGAGGCUCUCGGACUGCAGCUUCCCCAGUUUCUUGUCCUUUAAUGAUCCCCUUUUGAGUUAAUCCAAACUCUGGCUUGGCAGCUUAUCCUCUAGAAGACACCAGCCAUGGCUUGGAGCAGGAUGUGGCCCUGUCUUGCUUGUUCUACCCUGUGGCUGCAAGUUUCUGGUGCCAGGAAUGUUCAGGCUGUCUGAUGAACUGACGAUAGCCUGUGAUUGCCUGCGCUGUGUGAGGACAAUGACUGCUCCAUGUGUCCACUAGAGUGGCACCUCUCUCUCUGGUGCAUUGAUCAGAAUAUUUCUAUUUAUGUCAACAAAGCCAAAUGUCCCCCCGAAGAAUCUUGGGCGGGGUGUGUGGGGGGAAGAGAAGUUAUUCACAGAGGCAUUGGUGUGUAUUCUUUCCUGAAAUGGUGCAGGAUUCGGGGAGAUUGAUUUUUUUUUGUAUUUUGGCAAGUGAUAAAUUGGUAUUUAUUUACUCUUAUGAAAACUCAAUCUGGUCAGGUUCUUCCUCCUGCUGUGGACAUUGGUGACAUGAAGCUACAGAUUCGUACCAUGAAUCCCCUGUCAAUUUCUCAGAAAUAGAGCCAGCUUUUUUAAUGUAAAUACACCAUAAGCUUUGUUACAUGGUACUAAUAACUGCAUCAAAGCAUGGACCUCUUGCCCUCCGGCAAAUGGGCCAGUUACCCAUGUGGGCUAAAGGGGCACAGGCUGUGAGUGAGCAAAGGCCUAAGUGUGUGUGUGUGCGUGCAUGUGUGUGUGCGUCCUUAUAUUUUUGUCUUCUUCCCACUCUUGUUUGUGAUGUUUUCUGAAUUUAGUGUAUACAAGUGUAGCUUGGUCUCUGUCCAGGUGUGAGUCUAUUCCAUGGAACCGAAGUAUGUUGUACAUACUGCCCAAGAAUUGUCUUGCAAGUUAAGGCUUCCCUUUACUAUAAGACUAUAAAUAAAAAAUAUUUUAUCCUUGUAA